UUUCCAACGAAAUAUCCUGCGCAUUCGUAAAGCACAGCAUUCAAACAUUCAUGAAACAAAAGAUUCCAUUCCAAUCAUAAAUUCUAUAAACACAAAAAAAAUAAAUAAAAAUAAAAAAAAAGAAAAAAGAAACCACCGUACUCGGUCACCAAACAGCAAAAAUAAAAACAACUCCCAAGGCGAGACUCGAACUCGCAACCUUCUGAUGAUCUUCUUAAGAGUCAGACGCUCUAAACCGAUUGAGCUACCCGGGACUUUCUUGAUAUGUGUAAAGGUAUAUCCUCUCUAAACUACUUUGCAAGAAGAGCACAGAAAAAUCCAAGGAUGGUUCGUAUUCCUUUUACAUAACAAACCGUCUUCUAAACGUCUCUUUUCUAAUCAUACCAGCUGCUCGUUUUCUUCUUUCUUUCUUUCUUCUUUUCAUACCUUCCCCUCAAUACCGUGUUACGACCAACCGCGGUGUCCUUCCAUACCGUCUUUAUAGAAAAGCAACACCGCUACCCUAAGAACAAAUGUAGACCAUCAUCUUUUGGAAACGACGAGCUGUACAAAGAGAAUUCAUCUUCCAUUUCAACUCAAACAUUCCUCUCCUUUUGUAUUGGUUUCCGUUGAACCAGACCAAAUCCCAGUUUCCUUGUUUCAUUCUCAUCCUCUCGUCUGUUGUGUCAUCCUUCCUCCUUUGACUGUGUGAGCAUUCCCGUAGCAAUCUUGUGAGCAUUUCCUUUACUUUGCUUGUUUAGCGCCUAUUAAAAGUAAUCACAAUUCUGCACGCUAUGAUUUCUCGGAAUUGAUUUAUGUACAUUGAUUUCCUUUGACGAGAAUUAAAAAGGUUCCUCUUUCUAUCAUAUCUUUUGUUUCGUCGAAUUUCUUUUCGUUUUUGUUUUUGUUUUACUUUAUUUAAAUUAUUCGUUUUACGUACAUUUAGACGUAAAGAAAAAAAAAAAAAAAAGUCAACCAAUUUUCGGUUCACUUUUUUAUUCUGGUGCACGAGCGGAUAUUUUCCCAUAUUUCUUUGCUUUAUGUCAAAACUUCUAAUUUUCUAUAUUUAAACGUUCAAGAAUUGCUUCCAUGUCGAAAAGUUCGUUUUCCUCCAAACCUGCAAUCACUUAUUCCAAGGUCGCUGCGACGUAUUCGUCUAGGACACAGAAACCCCUUUUCGACUACCAGGAUUGGGCUCUUCAAACUCAAGGAAGCGUCAAUUCACUAUCCACUAGUCCUGACUUUACCAAAUUCGCAAUCGCUGGCCGCGAACUCUUGGAAAUUCUCGCUCUCAAUCCAAAUCCCACUAGAGCCCCUAUUCGAAUUAAAAACUUUUCUUCUGGAAAUAUCCACGAAAAGAACAUCUCCUGUAAUGAUGUCAAAUGGGGAAACACCUUUUCCGAAAAUUAUCUAUUUACUUGCUCCCCUUUAGGUGACUUAAAUGUUUGGGAUAUUGAUUCUUCUCAAAUUAUUUCUAAAUUUACUGAACACUCAAGAGCCAUUCAUAGUAUCGACGUCUCCAAAUUCCAUUCUUCAUACAUUUUAACAGCGUCGCAGGACGGCCUAACAAAGUUGUGGGACUUUCGUGAACCUCACUCUUCCCAAAAUUUUCGUGGAAAUUCAGAAGCUGCCAGAGAUGUCGCAUUCUCUCCCUCUGGAAUUAAUGAAUUCGUCGUUGCCUACGAUAAUGGUACUGUCCAAAAAUGGGAUUUACGUUACAGUAAAAGUCCCUCUCUAAAGCUUUCUGCUCAUAAUGGAGUUGCAUUGUGUAUAGAUUAUACACCGAAUGGCUCUCUACUCGCUUCUUGUGGACGGGAUAAAUCAAUCCGUAUUUGGGAUAUCAACAACAAUCAACGUAAAGCGGUCUCUACUAUUAAUACAAUCGCCCCUGUGAAUCUUGUGCGUUGGGAACCCUCCGAGGAUAAUAAUGCUACCCGUAGACUGGCCAGCUCCUCCCUCUUGGGUGAUGAUACUAUAAACCUCUGGGACGUUCCUCGGCCCUAUGUUCCCCAUCGUAGCCUCACCCAUCAUGAAAAUAACGUAACCGCCUUACAAUGGAUUUCUCCAAAUGUUCUUUUAUCGUCCAGUCGUGAUGGGGUUCUUUCCCAGUCUCGUCCAAAUGAUGCUAUAAGUUACAUAGAUUUAAUGCCUUCCUCCGCUGUGUCGUGGUCUACUAAUGGUUGGAUUGCUAUCUCUUCAAAUAACAAAAAGACUGCCGAUUCUCGUCCCCAGGUUCAUCGAACUCCUUCCCGUGAAAGUAAUAUAAGCUCUCUAAGGACCGCACUGCAUGCAAAGCAGGAAUUGAACUUGUCGAAACAGAAUUCCAAUAAUCUUCCGGAAUCUUUUUCUCUUAAAGAUAAUAUCCAAUUGAGCACCACUUCUUUAUUUCCCGAUAUUUGUCAUAAUUUUGUUGAGCUUGCAAAGUCUUAUCAGCUUGCUGGCGAAAUCAGUACUGCUUGCCGCCAAAAUGCCAAACUGGCUUCCCAUUUCGGCGCUUACGAAGCUCAAGCGAUGUGGGAUUUCUUGUUUUUUUCCUCUCUUAGCCCAAGUCAUAAAGAGCAGUUCUUAUUGAUGGACGACUAUGAAUGUUCGUUCUUAGAAGGAAGUUCACAGUCUGGUUCACAAAAAAACACAUCAGAAAAUAGUAAGCAGUCUUCAAUUAAAUCUGAUGCACUCUCUGAUGAUUACUUUGAAUCAUUACUAUCCAGUUCGUCUCUCAGCUCAUCAAUACUUUCUGUAGAUUACGAGGAUAACCUGGAUAAAGCUGUUUCAAAAAGCUUAAAUCAAAAAACAGAACACGGCGCAUCCAUGGAUUCUCGUAAAGAUGGUGUUCCGUCUUUCCAAGGAGGUAGGAAUAGUAUCUCCUCCUUACAUUUCGGUUCGAUCGCUUCCAACGUUUCUGCUCAUUCGCAGUACGACGUGCCUAAUUCUAUGCGGCAAGACUCUAUAACAUCCGCGUCGAACAAAUCCCGUGAUCCUACUGCAAGCGUGGGAAGUCUGUCUAGACGUACUUCUUACUUCAAUAAUCAAAUUUCCUUUGGUGCCGAAGAACCACCUCCUACAGAAUUGAUAGACGUGGUGACAUCUUCUAUUUUACAAUGCAUUGAUGAAACAGAUGUACAAACUGGUGCUUCAAUUUAUUUAUUGUUUUCCUCAUUACCUAUCAACAUUCCCCAUCCUCAACUGGAUGAUUUGAUAGACAGCUAUGUGGGCCUUUUGCGGCGUAUGGGAUUGUUUUGUGAAGCGUCAUACGUCGUUAAACAUUCCUCACAGGUUGUAAAAUAUAAAUAUUCAGCAAAUCGCGAUUUGUCGUUUGGUUACAGGUCAAGUUCAACGCCUCUUACGAAAAAUAUCUCUCUUGAUCAUGUGAACGUUUAUUCAAAGCUUGAGAGAUGCUGUUUUUGUGAGUUACCUUUAAAUGGUAUUGUCACUUCAUGUUAUGGUUGUGGACAUUUGGGCCAUGAAAGUUGUUUGAGGGAUUGGUUCUUUCAUGAUACGGCAGAAGAAGGCCAACUAUGUCCUGUCCCUGGUUGUGGAGUAACAUGCUUAGGAUAAUAAUGAACAAUUCACUACCUUUUUUUGGAUACUCGUGUAUUAUAAACAAAGCAAAUCAUUGUUAUAAACAAAACGUAGAUAAUAUUUCUAAAAUCAUAAAACUAAU